ACAUCAAUGUAAAUGUUGUAUUCGUCCGCACAGCAGCAGUAGAAAAAUCUUUCAUUCGGCACACAUGGGCACAUGAAUGAACAUUGUGUUUGAAAAAUCUCCCCAUGUAUUCAGUGUAGAAAAAAAAAACGCAAAAAAAAGAACGAAACACAAGUAAGGCCAUUUAGUGUGAUUUUUCUCUCUCCAAUAUUCAAUUCAUGUGCACAUUCGUCAUUGCGUGAUUGCAAUUUUCGAUCGAUUUGGUUUUUGAUUAGUUUGCAAAUUCAUUGAGGAUACUAAUAUAUCCGUUUCAACGUUGUCGUGAAAUUUCUCUCUAUCUUGGUGGUGUGUGGAAUUUUUUUUUCUUUCGUUCUCGUUGUUCCUCUCCGUGUGGGGUUCGUGAACGACAAACAACGGUGUGACAAGGAUAGACGGAACUACAGGCGCGCGGUGUGAAACGAGAACGAAACGAUAACCGAAGAAAAAAAAAUCCGUCUCCAUUUCUCCUGUAUGUGUGUAUGGUAAGCCCCCAUCGACCAUAAGUUAUUCAAUUUCAAAGCAAGCAAAUUUGAUACAGAGAGUGCCAACAUUUACGCAUCUAUGACGAUGAGAAGCGUGUGAGUGUGAGUGAAUGUAGAAUGCAAGGAAAGUGAAGAAAGAAUUGUGCCACUGCCAUAUAGAAAAAUUCUAAUUGUUACGUACAUAUACACAUCACAUCAACCAUAUUGGAGUAGAGCGAGAGUGGUGGUGGAUCGCACAUUGGCGCACAAGUGAACUGACGAUAGAGAAAAAAAAAACCGCGGACAAAUCGAAAAAAAGAAAAAGAAGAAGACAGAGAGCUUAGCGUAAAUGAGACACAUUACAAUCGAAUAAAAGAAGAAACGAAUGUAAAGUAAUUCAUGAACAAGAAGAACGAAGACAUCAAACGAGCGCAAAACAGAGAUACCAAUACAACGGGGACGUGGAGUGUACAGAGAGUUCUUCGUAUUGAAAGAAUAACGUUAGUGUCUCAAAAGUCGUCAUAUUGAAUCGUGCGAUUCACGCACACAGUGAACUACAGAAAAGAGAAAGAAACACACGCACACAGAACAAGUCGAGAUUCGGAGUGCAUGUGAAUUCGGCUCCCCCCAUAUGUGUAUGUGUGUCUGUAUGUGUAUAUGGUGAACAGUGAGUGCUUUUUUUUGUCAGAGUAAAUUCUCAAUAAGUGUGUAAAAACGUCGUCACUAAAGGUGGACACGCAGUCAUAAACCAUAGUGCGAUAUCACCGUUUCGUCUAUUUUAUUUCAUUUUAUAUUUUAUACAUACAUCAAAAAGAAGAAGAUAAGAAGAAGAAGAAGAAAAAACGCGACACACAGCACUGACACAUUGUGGAACUGGCAACAGAUCGGAGGAAAAAAGAAGAAAAAAACGAGGCGAAAUACGGAUUUUUCCACCGUUCUUCAUUACUUUUUUUUGGCUCAUUUUUUUAUGCCGUUUUUACAUUUGAACGAUAAGUGAACGAGACGGAGCGCACUGAACUGUAGCCAAGCAGAGAACAGCGACUGAAAUAUUUCGUGUUGACAGAAGAAAGUUUGAGAAAGUGAUUGAAUUCGAAUCUAUCUCUGACAAGACAGACAGGAUUCACGUUGGCAAAAUCAGCACAAUAAAGUGUCCACAUUCAGAAAGAAGAAGGAAAAAGCAGGAAAUUUUCGUAUUCGUUUGUUAGUUUUUUUUUUUUGUGUGUGUGAGAAAUAAAAUCCGUAUAAACCGAAGUAACCACAGCAAAAAUGUCAGGCGAAGAAACAUCAGCUGAUAGAAAUGUUGAGAUCUGGAAAAUCAAAAAACUUAUCAAAAGUUUGGAGAUGGCUCGAGGAAAUGGCACCAGUAUGAUAUCGCUCAUCAUUCCACCGAAGGAUCAAAUUUCACGUGUUAGCAAAAUGUUGGCCGAUGAAUUUGGUACGGCGUCAAACAUUAAGUCACGUGUAAAUCGUCUAUCUGUGCUUGGUGCCAUAACAUCGGUACAACAUCGACUCAAACUAUACACCAAAGUGCCUCCGAAUGGUCUAGUUAUUUAUUGCGGGACAAUUGUAACCGAAGAAGGCAAAGAGAAGAAAGUCAACAUUGAUUUCGAACCAUUCAAACCAAUUAAUACCUCGUUAUAUCUAUGCGAUAAUAAAUUUCACACGGAAGCUCUCACCGCAUUGCUGGCCGACGACAAUAAAUUCGGUUUUAUUGUGAUGGAUGGUAAUGGUGCAUUGUUUGGUACAUUGCAAGGGAAUACACGUGAAGUGUUGCACAAAUUCACCGUUGAUUUGCCGAAAAAGCACGGCCGUGGUGGUCAGUCGGCGUUGCGUUUUGCACGUUUACGUAUGGAAAAGCGGCACAAUUACGUACGCAAAGUGGCUGAAGUGGCCACACAGCUGUUCAUCACAAAUGACAAACCCAACAUUGCUGGCCUCAUUUUGGCCGGUAGCGCCGAUUUCAAGACUGAACUCAGUCAAUCCGAUAUGUUUGAUCCUAGAUUGCAAUCGAAAAUUAUCAAAUUGGUCGACGUGUCGUACGGUGGUGAAAACGGUUUUAACCAGGCUAUCGAAUUAGCGGCUGAAUCGUUGCAAAAUGUCAAAUUCAUUCAGGAGAAGAAACUUAUCGGUCGUUACUUCGAUGAAAUUUCACAGGAUACUGGAAAAUACUGUUUCGGUGUUGAGGAUACGUUGCGAGCGCUGGAACUAGGCUCAGUGGAAACAUUGAUUUGCUGGGAGAAUUUAGACAUUCAACGUUACGUAUUGAAAAAUCACGCAAACUCAAUCACAACAACAGUCUUGCAUCUAACGCCCGAACAAGAGAAAGACAAAAGCCAUUUCACCGACAAAGAGAGUGGCGUCGAAAUGGAAUUAGUUGAAUCGCAACCGCUUUUGGAAUGGUUGGCCAACAAUUACAAAAGCUUUGGUGCUACCCUGGAAAUUAUCACCGACAAAUCACAAGAAGGCAGUCAGUUCGUGCGAGGAUUCGGUGGAAUCGGGGGUGUUUUACGCUAUAAGGUAGAUUUCCAAAGUAUGCAGCUGGAUGACAUCGACAAUGAGGACUUUGACCUGGACGAUUAUUAAGUUGUGCGUUAAACUAUUCAAACGAAAACGGCAACAAAACUAUCUGCUAAACCCAACACCAACAUCAACAACAACAACAAGAAUAUAAAAUAAUCAUUUAAAACAAAAAAGCAACCAACAUCUAUCGUUUUAAACGAAAUAAAAAGUCAUCAGGUUGAAAGGGGGGCGCACACACUUGUGUCGAUAAUUAGAAAAUUUAAAUAGCAAACAAACAAACAAAAAUCAAGCUUUUUGACAACAAAUCAAACAUAGGCCAUUUACAUCGAAAUGCGCGAUAUUUCGACAUUUUUAUGCGCGCACACACACAUACCCACACAAACGCGUAUUGACUUGUUCCUUCAGCUUUCAUCGUCAGCAGAGACUUCCAUCCAAAUCAUCUAAGUACACAAUGCCUUGGAUCGAUGAUAAAAGCGUGAAAUAAAAACAAAAACGAAUAAGAAUGAACAAUAUUUUCAAUAAAACUACAUCAAUCUAUUAUGCAAUGCUUUGGCGCAUCCGACACCAACUAAAAAAUACAUCAAAAUGAUGCGAAUCGGCCACUGUCGCCACCAACAUCAUUUCAACAGCAACAGCAGCAGCACUGUGACUUCAAUAACAACAACAACUACAAUAACACAAAAAAUAGUCGAAUCGAAAGAGUUUAAUAAACAUCCAUCGUCACAGAUAAA